AUGUGGUUUACAAUAUAUGAUAUUGUUUUAUUAUUCUUUGAAUUAGUGUUAAAUGCUUUUUUUCGUGAAGUCAAAACGCAAGGAUCACAUAAAAUUCCAAAAGAGGGGCCAGUUAUUAUCGUUGCUGCACCACAUGCAAACAUGUUCGUUGAUGGAAUGGUUUUCACAAAAUGUUGUCCACGGCCAGUUUUGUUAAUGAUUUCGAUAAAUGCUACAAAAUACAAAUAUGUUGGUUCCUUGGCUCGCAGCAUUAAUGCAAGCAAGCCAAAAGACUUGGCUGAGAUAGGGAAAGGAAGGAUAUUGCUGAAUCAACAUAAAGAAGGUUCUCUUCAUAUAAUUGGUAUUGAUACGGAAUUUACAAAGCAAUUAAAAGUGGGAGGUCAAAUUGCUUUGCCGAAUGAUUAUGGUUUAUCGGAAAUAUCUGAAAUAUUAUCGGAUACAGAAUUGGUGAUCAAAAAAGAAUUCAAAGGUUUAAAAGCUUUAGAAAUUUUAACACAAUCCAAUGGAACGUCUUAUAAAUACUUACCACAUGUUGAUCAAAGUUAUGUCUAUAAGACUAUGAUUGGGUUGCUAAAUGCUGGAAAAUGCAUUGGAUUAUUUCCGGAAGGUAGAAGUCAUGAUCGAGCCGAACUCUUGGCUUUAAAAGGGGGUGUCGCUAAUAUCGCUUUAGGUGCCAUGGCGGCAAAUCCUAGUCAGGAUAUCAAAAUUGUUCCAUGCGGUUUGAAUUAUUUUAAUGCUCAUCAAUUCCGUUCUCGUGUCAUUGUUAAGUUUGGUUCACCUAUUUCAAUUCCACUUGAAUUAAUUGAGAAAUAUAAUAGUAAGGAUAAAAAGGAGGCUUGUGAUAAAUUGCUGGGAAUUAUUUAUAAUGGAUUGAAAUCAGUAACAAUUAAUGCACCAGAUUAUGAAACGUUAACUGUCAUUCGCACAGCUCGUUAUUUGUAUAAAUAUUACAAUAAAUUAGGGAUUCAUGAUGAAUUGAAAUUAGAUCAAAGGUUUAUUGAUGGCUACACAAAAUUUAAGGAUAAUCCUCACGCCCAAGAGACGCGCAACGAAAUAAUAGAAUACGCUCGAUUAUUGAAAUAUCAUGGAUUAGAGGAUUAUCAAGUCCAGCAGGCUACUGUUAAAGGAUUUAAAGCUUUAAUGAUAUUGCUAUAUCGAAUGUUACUUUUAAUAUUGUGCAAUAUUUUAUGUCUUCCUGGUAAGUUUGAUUAUUUGAAAUUUAAUUAA